CUGCAGAUGUUAGUCGCCUAAAUAAACAUAAAAUUCCUCGAUUCUCAUUAGAAAAAAAAUGAACAUUCCCUUCCCAGUUUUGUUGCCGCGCCUCAUCGAUUCCAAGUGGUUUAACGCCGAUAGUCCUUGCGAUGAAGACGCAGAAUUGACAAGUUUAGAACAAGCGAAUCAACAUUGGUUAAGUUCUAUUGGACAACAAUAUAUGAAAAGAGCCCCCUUAGGGAAAACAGAACCCGAGCCAAUGGAAGAAGAAGCGGAUACUGAUGAAGAAGAAGGAAAUGAUGAAACAGAUGAAUCUGAGGACUCCCAUGAUGAAGAUGAGGAAGAAGAAUUACAAACAACAUAUUCACCACCAAGAAAUAACAAUGAACUGGAACCAGACAGCUUAGAUGAUGUUAAUGAAGCAUCCGAAACCAACACAUCAGACCAAAGUGCGAUGUGGCCAAUUCAGUAGCGAAUUCUAUCUUUACAUCAAGAUAGUUAAAAAUUUGCAAUCAAUGUGGAGUAACUGAUGAAAUGUUGACACAAUCAUCCACAGCAAUGAUUAAGUUGUGUGAUUACAUUAUCAAAGUAGUUUUUUAAUUAUUGCAGUGUAUUUUAAUGUGUAAUUAACAGAAAUUAAAAAAGAAAAAUUGUUAUUCAUUUACUAUGUAAAAAAUAUUAUAUGCAACUGGAUAUUGUUUGUGGGUUGACUGCUGUGGUACUUGUUGACACAUAUUUUCAUCUCUCACAAUCUCUUUGAUCAAACAGAGACAACAAUAUGUCGACGCUGGAAAGCAUAAACACUGUAACCCUUGAAA